AUGUAAUCAAAAAGAUUUGAUAAUUUUUAUAUAAUAUAUUUAAAGGGUACAAAAUUGGUCAUCAAAAUAAAGUAUUAUAUUAAAUUUAUCAAAGCCAACUCUAGAAGGGCAUGAAAAGCUUUAAAAAUCAAUCCAAUAGAAUGAAUUUAAUAAUAAAAGUGAUUCUAAGAAGAAUUUUUUUAAAGUGCUUUCGUAAUAACAAAAUGCUUCUAAGCAGAUAGUAUAAAAUUUUUUAAGGAAAUUGUUUAAAAGCCCUAAGAGUAAAUUGUGAUAAACUUUUCAAUAAAUAAUACAAGUAUUUUCUAAUUAAUAAUAUAGAUCCAUCUUUAAUUCAAAUUUAUCAUCCUGCUUUUUUUGA